CAUAAAAAAGCCCACACUACUGGUGAAAAUACCAAGAGAUCAAAGCUCUCAAAAAAGUCUCUAGGGUUUCGCUAGGGUUUGGUUCUGUGCUACUAUGGCGUCGGAGAGUGACCAGGGAAGGAGGAUCAAGGGAUCUGUGAAAUGGUUCAAUGAUCAAAAGGGUUUCGGUUUCAUCACUCCAGAUGAUGGCGGUGAAGAUCUGUUUGUUCACCAAUCUGGUAUCAGAUCUGAAGGCUUUCGUAGCUUAGCUGAAGGUGAGGUCGUUGAGUUUGAAGUUGAGUCUGGUGAUGAUGGCCGUACUAAGGCUGUUAAUGUUACUGGACCGGAUGGCGCGUCUGUUCAAGGUGGUGGCCGUGGCGGAAGCGGUGGAGGCGGCGGCGGAGGUCGAUAUGGCGGUGGUGGUGGAUACGGAGGCGGUGGAGGCGGUAGAUAUGGUGGGGGUGAUAGUGGCUACNCUCAGGGCGGCGGCGGCGGCGGUUAUGAUAGUGGAGGCGGCGGAUAUGGCAGCGGCGGCGGUGGAUAUGGUGGUGGAGGUGGGAGAUAUGGUGGUAGUGGCGGAGGAGGUGGUGGUGGCUGUUUCAAGUGCGGGGAAGAAGGACAUUUUGCACGUGAAUGCCCUAACAGCAGUGGUCGUUGAAGCUCUGUAGAACUGAGAGGGUAAAUGUGUAUAUUCACAUUUUGCACUCUUUUUUCUAUGCUUUCUAGUGCUUUCUUUUUGGUUAAUGUCAUUUUGAAGUAUGAAAAGGGAUGAACCAUUUAAUGUUUUUUUUGAAUGAUCGUAUUGCAUAUGGUCACCUUUUAGUUUCUUGAAGUAUGAUUAGGAUAUGGUUAUGGUUUCCUGCUUUAUUAUUGCGUAUUAGGAUUAGUAUUGGUGAUUAUGGACUAGUGUUUCAGCUUGAAGCUUUUGGAAAUGUGCGCUUUCUGUACAUGUAUAUACAUACAUGUUUGAAAGAUUGAUCAAUUAUCAGCUGCUAGCUUUUAUUGCA